AUCGUUCCAUUUACGAACGUGGCGAACUAACGCAGGCGGCGGUCUACACGGCUAAACUAGAGAGGAGAGGGGACGCUAAGCCCGACUCAGCCAGCGCGCCGUUCAUCAUUUGGGGGAGAUGGAGGACGUGGAGAUCGUCGACGUGGACGACGACGGCGUGCCUCAAAUGGACAAGACGCCCAUUAAAAACCAGGACCUGAGUUUCGCGUUUCGAGCGGCCGGAGACUUGGUAGGUCAGUACGGCUGGUACCUGCUGCUUCUAACCGUGGCCGUCUACGUGCUGGUUCAGCGCCUGGCCCGGAGGAGAGCCCGCCGGCGCAGCGUCUCCCCGGAAACGGCCCAAGAUCCAGCAUCCGUGGUGAGGAGACAAGAGGCCCUGGAAGAAGCAAGGAGGAAAAUGCAACUGGAGUUUGAUGCUAAAGCAGCGCUGUUCAGAGAAAAACAGAAGCAGCUAGAGGAGGAGAAGCGGCAGCAGAAGAUUGAGAUGUGGGACAGCAUGCAAGAAGGAAGGAGUUAUAAAGGAAAGCUCGAUCAGGCCAGCGAGGAGGCGAGCUCAUCGGCCACUGUGCUGAAGCCCGACAAGAAGCCCUUCAGGAACAACGGCUAUAACCCACUGACGGGGGAGGGCGGAGGAAGUUGCGCCUGGAGACCAGGAAGGAGAGGGCCGUCAUCUGGUGGAUGAGGUUAAAUGAGGUCGGAGCCUGCUGGUCUGCACGACCUGUGAACUCUGACCUCGUAUGACUUUUUGACAUCCUGAGGUGCACUCUGAACUACUGAAGAGAGCUGCCAAAGUCUCACUAAAGCCUUCACAGUCGGGAUUUUUUUUUCUGCCACCGUCCAUGGUGUUUUCGUUAUUUUGCUUCGAAUGUACAGAAUUGCCACUGUGCUUUAUUAAAUGCCCCUUUCCCACUACGUGGUACCAGCUCGACUCGGCUCGGCUCGCCCCCUUUUUUCGUUUUCCAUUACUGGAAAGUACCAGCAUUUUGGUAACUGUUACCACUUUUCUGGUACCGCCUUUGUGGGUACCAGAAAAGAGCGGUUACCAGAGCGGGUACUAGAAUCAAUGCAGACCUCUGAUUGGUCAGAGAAACGCGUCGCCGCGUCAUCAUCACGAGCGUGGGCCAUCACCCGGCAUUCUUAAAUGCCGACGCGGCCGAAGCGGAGUUCUCUUAAAAGUACAGCUACACCGAUGGGGUGCUGUUACGGUAAUGGAAAACCACAGAGAAGCGAGUCGGGUCAAGCCGGUACCAUGUAGUGGAAAAGGAGCAUUAGUAUAUUAUAUUUUAAAAACAAAUCACCAGAUUUACCUGCCAAUUGUAACUUUUCUAUUGAGCUCUUCGAUGUAAGCCUUUUUUCCGUUCUGUCUCAUUUUGCGGGGUAACUGUGUUGGCGUUGGGGCGCCGGAAGCUUUUCAUGAUGUCAUUCCUGUAAACGGUAACAUAACCAGUGGGUCUGACUGAUGUAUUUAGGAGACGGUGUAUCUACUUUGUAUUUUUGUAGAAGUAUUGAUAGUGUCCAACUAAAGCAUUAGAAUAGUUCUACAGCAGUGAUCGUGUAGUAACUGUUGGCCACCAUAUUACCCAAAUAAAUUAAUUUCAGGGGAAUGACUUUGAGUUUUCUCUGUUUGAGAUUGACAAACUAUAACAAGUAAUAAAAGCUU